CAAAUGCUGCGUUGUUAGUCCUGAUGAAACCUGAGUCUGGUUCUCAUGCAAGUUCCCAGUUCCCACCCCAAAUUUCCGCUUCUAAUUUGUCGUGCUUCCGAGUUAUUUUCCGCAUUCGGACAGAUUUGUUUGUGUUAAGGAAUUUGUACCAGUAAUUAAUGACAGAAUCGAUAAAUAUUCCACUAUGCCGUCGAAAUGUUGUAAUGUUGCACUAUCCGGCAAGUACGUUCUAUUCCAAGGCGUCGAUCUUCUCCGCCUCGUAGAAUGAUUGUGCCGUAGAUUACGGUAGGUGCUCGGAAUCGCAGUGGUGCACCGCAGACGAUCACAUUUGUGCGAGGAUCUCUGAGGUGUCCGUCGUUCAAGGGACGUGCACAAGUAGCUGGAAACCUAGGUUGAUGUCUCGAGUUUACGUGAGUACAAUUUCUUAGGGUUUUGAUUGUUUCGUGCACCGUGGUUGGGAAUUGUUGAAUCGCAUCUCCUUAGACAUUUUUCGUGCUAGUAAGGCGUCGUGGGGCCACGCAAUAGAGAUUUGGCAUGAACAUGAGUGGGUGCCGUCCACUGACGCGCAUAGUCCAUGCAGUUUCCACGAGAUGACAAUCUUCCAGUGGGAGGGCAGGAAUUGUGCAAAACAGGAAUUAGUGAUGAAGGUUGCAUGAGAUGUAAUUUCCCGUUUAAUGAAAAGCUUGAAGGGCUCGCGAAAAAAGAUUAUAAAAUGCAGUAUGUUCGGGGCAAGGCGGUCCACGGUUACAGGGCAUUGCAUGACACAUUCUACUCCAUUAAGGCUGUAUUUGAAAAGCACAACGUGGUUUUCACCAUUGGAGCAUCUCUGGCAUCAGCGGGAGCUGCAUGGGCAGGAUACACGGCACGUCAAUUGCAUCAAAGGAAAGUGGAGGAGCGACUUAACUCUAUUGAGCAAGCGAUGACUACAGUGCACAACUUGGAGGUGGAGCAAGUGCAGGCGAUAACGAAAGGGAUUGGUGUUAGCUAUCCUGCUUGUGCAGCUACUGCUACUACUACUUUAGUUGUCGGGUAUGCACUUGGAUUUCGCGGUGGGCGUAGAUAUACUCUAAACAGAAUACGCAAGCAACAACAGAAGCCGCUUGCCCUAUCGAAGCUCAACGUGACAAAGCUGUCGAGGUUUUCUCAAGUUUUUCAAAGAGCGAUUGUCCGUCCUUCCCGAGCAACUGACCCACUGCAGGCUAAUUGUGAUACGAAGCAGGAUACCAAGCAGGAGCUCACAUUGAAUGCACUUGAAGCAGUGGGAGUAGUUGAAGCACCUAAACCAGUCAUUAAAUGAUGGACCACUCCUCUUUUUGCUUUGCGACUAGCGUUUUAUGUUUUAGCACCAUUCUAGUUGUUAGCCUGAAAAGGCUGGUGUCCGGACGUAGUGUUUAAGAAUCUUGAGUUCUCAGGUUUACUCAGGACUCGAAAUAUUUUUGUACAACUGAAUCGUACCCAUUGGUUUCUGACAGUAACGUUUGAAUUAUAGUUUAUAGCUGUGUUUAUUCCGCAGAACUGAGUGUACUUAUUAUAGUUUUGUAGCGAUGGUAAUUUAUUGUUAACCGUCUAGAUUUCUUAGGACGGUAGUUCAGCACUUAUUUGUGAGCUGAAAACGUGAGACGGCCACUUGGAAGACAUUCCUUUGAUCAUGUUGGCUUAUACUUCAACAGAUUAAUAUUGAUUUUCUCCCCAGUAUGGCAACCA